AUGGAGGUCGGUCGGGCCUAUAGGCGAGGAAGGAGAGAGGUUGCUGAAGUUAUGAGGUACCGUCAUGAUAGGUUCUCAUGCGAGUUUAGGGAGCUCAAGGGGAGUUAUAAGUCUCUGUGGCAUUAUCGCAAGUGUCGCGGUACCGAGCAAUGGGAUCUGAUUCAUGUUUCUCCUGACACGGUGGAAGCCGAGGCGGGAGCUCCCAAAGAGACCAAUGAAGUGAACCUGCCGAUGGCUCCACUAGAUGUCUACGACUACUCGAUCGGUAGGUCGAUGUCUAGGUUCUUCUGUCUCUAUGAUUGA